AUGGGACUGGGAUGUGACGUGGUCCUCUGUGGCUUUGAAGAGACAGAGACCGUCACGGAACAAUGGAGCUCCCUGAAUGCGGAUUGGACGUUGCCAGUAUUCACGCCUCUGGUGCCUCAUCCACUAGUGAUUGCUUUAAUGAGAUGUCGCUCUCGUGCCCUCGACAACAGCGCCGGAGUUGGAUGGGAGGGGGAAAGUCAACGUAAAAACACCGAAGGUGGACCUCGCCUUCAUUCGGUUCCUAGUUCGGAGUCAAGGGCGAAACCCUCGGCCGAGGAGCUAUGCCGACGCCUUUAUAACAGACAGCCGGGGGCGAAUAAGAAUCCAGAAUCGUACCUGGACUGCGGCCAAUGUCUGCCGGGGUUCCUGGCUGAAGAAUGGAGCGGAGAUCGAGAGGCGGAGACGUGUUUAGAGCAAUCGAAGGAAGGAGAGAAAGAAGAAUCACCGAAGGUGACGAUUGCUAGUACUGCAGGCGUAGGCGCGUUCCUGUGUCUUCUCGCUCUGACUGCCUUGCUCUGAGAAGCCAAUGAGAUCCCUGCUGCAGCUCUGAAAGAAUCGAGGACCAUCUCGGAAUCGGCGGAAGAAACUCCCCUCUUACAAGAGACUAUGUCUCCCUCCCCCUGCCAAUCAGGACAAGAAGAAUCCUCAGGCAGCUCUGGUAAAUUGGAGGAAGAACAUACUUUCAUCCCGAACUCGGCGGGCGGGAUCCCUCCCGUGAAAUCUGGGGAGUCUUCCUCCCCCAGCCAAUUAGGAGAGGGUGGCGAGGAAAGCAUAAAAUUCACAGGGGAACGAACGACGACGGUGUCCUGUUGGUAUCGAUAUGCAAUCACCAGCCACUGGGCGGUACUGCUUGAACACAUGGACGUGGAGAAAGUGGAAAACCACAUGAUCUCGAAAAAUAAGCUACGGCUGAGCGAGCGGGAAGAACUGAAUCUGGAGACGGUGCCAAGGAGGCGACGGAGCGCUCUACUCCACUACGUGCACAGCAGGGAUCUGAACGUCUUCGACGCAUUCUGGCAUGGUCUCGUCGCUGCAGCACCCGCCACAUUGGCCCUGGCGGCCCGAUGUGCAGCGAUGGUGGGCCUAUGGCUGGAGCGGCAUCGAAGUUGCCACCACCUUCCCCGGGCCGGUGAAAACGGGAUAUAUUAUGAAAGGAAGAGUGGGAAGGGCAUCGGAGCCGGAGUGAAACCUCGGACGCGGAAAGAGGCGAGAAGUCGGGGCGGAUGGAUUGUGCCAUGUCCCUGUCCACCGCCGGACUACACCCGCGGCCUCCGCCUCCCUACGACCAAAGCAGUCCCCUGCGUCUUCACCAAGAAAUUAAGAACAGAGAAGGAAGCAGCCUUGGGAAUGAGCCGCAAUCGCAAACGAUUGACAGAAACCGAGAAGUCGAGAGACUCAUCGGAGAGGAACCUCCGGACUGGCAAGAGCAAGAGAAAGAUCCUCGUUCCUCCUGAGAAAGAUCUUCCGUUCAGCAGGUUGACAGACGACAGAAGAAGGGGCCAAGGACGUUCUCUGCCAUCAGUUCGUCACUUCGUCCGCGUCCUCCUAGCCCUCCACCCAGUCUCACCCUCAGCUAUCAACACAGUCACCCACACCCCUAACUUACCUUCAACCAUCUUCUCCGGCUAUAACCGUCAGCCUCUUCCACCCAUGAUGCCAUGGACCCGAUCAUCAUGGUCCACAGCGACCCUCUCCACCGGGCCACGAACGAGUUGCCACCUGAAUCCACCAGAAGCACUAGAAUUGGAUGGGCGGUGGAAGAUCACACACAAAGAAGAAAUGAAGAAAACUACUUUCGCUCUCCUCGUCGACGGUGAAGCUUCCAAUUCUCUCUUGUAACAACUUCAGAAUCACGAAGAGACAGGGUUUCUCACAUGGAUGGCACCCGAUGGUCAAGGAAUGGACUUCCACCUCUGCAUCCUUCUCAGCGCUUCUCAUGUGUGCGGUUCCUUCUGCUUGCUUGCCGC